GAAAAGAUAAGACGACUAUGGAGCAGGGAGAGACAGAGGCAGGCAGGAGACAAGGAGAAAGUAAAACAAUCAGGGUCUCUACAUACCAACAAAUCUUGAGGCUCUAAAACAGUUGCAGGUGAUUUUUUUUUUUUUUUUUAAACUAUGGGCAGUUUGCCCUGACCAAAGCCUAGUGAUUCAUGUCUGCUCCGUGCGUGGUGGUCCCACUUAUAUUACUGUUCCUACUCAGCUCUACAGACAUCUCUGUAUCUAAUAAGUCACAGAGAUAGAGGUUGAACUCUUUCACCUGCCGCCGCGCAGCUUCUGCGCCAUCCCUACCUGCGGACCAUGCACUUUAACGCAACUGCCCAGGUUCCUCUGUCGGAAGGUGCGCUUUACCACGAGGAGCAGGACUCUGUGCUCCCAACUACCGCGGGUAUGAACCUGUCCAACAUCUCAAUUAGGCAUAUUAUGUCCGAGAGCGACCUGGAUGUCAACACGGACAUCUACUCCAAAAUCUUAGUCACCAUCAUCUACCUGUUCCUCUUUGUCGUGGGCUGCACCGGGAACUCCAUCACCGCAUACACUCUGGUGAGGAAGAAGUCUCUGCAGAACCUACAGAGCACCGUCCACUACCACCUGGCCAGUCUGGCCCUCUCCGACCUGCUCAUACUCCUCCUCAGCAUGCCCAUAGAGCUGUACAACUUCAUCUGGGUCCACCACCCUUGGGCAUUCGGGAAUGCGGUGUGCAAGGGCUAUUACUUCCUGAGAGAUGCCUGCACCUAUGCCACUGCCCUCAACAUUGCCAGCCUCAGUGUGGAGAGAUACAUGGCAAUGUGCCAUCCCUUCAAGGCUAAGAGUAUCAUGUCCAGGAGCAGGACUAAGAAACUCAUCACGUUUAUCUGGGUGGCUUCUUUUCUGCUGGCAACUCCGAUGAUAUUCACCAUGGGGGAAAUCAAUUUCUCAGUGGUAAAGGACCCAGAUGACCUCGUCUGCACCAGAAUUGUGGACAUGUCCACCUUCAAAACUGUCAUCCAGGUCAAUGCUUUCCUCUCCUUUGUAUUUCCGAUGGUUGUGAUUUCCGUACUAAACACCAUUAUUGCCAACCAGCUAAUCAUUAUGGUGAAGCAGGCCCAUCAAGAAAAUCAAGUCUGCACAAUUGGUGGCCAGCAGACUGUGCUUAGUAUGUCCAUGGAGCCCAGUCGCAUCCAGUCGCUGAAGCAUGGGGUUCGAGUUCUGCGUGUGGUAGUCAUAGCGUUUGUUGUCUGCUGGCUUCCAUACCAUGUGAGACGUUUGAUGUUUUGUUACAUUCCUGAGGAACUUUGGACAGAUGAACUGAACGAUUUCUACCACUACUUCUACAUGCUGACCAACGUUCUGUUCUACGUGAGCUCCACUGUCAACCCCAUCCUUUACAACCUGGUAUCUGCAAACUUCCGACAGAUCUUUGUCUCCACGCUCAGUUUUUUAUGCCCACCAUGGAGAAGGAAGAAGAAGCAUCCGGCUUUCACCAGAAAGUCCAACAGUAUCUCCAGCACUAACCACACAUUCUCCACCCAAGUCACCAGGGAGACUUCUUACUGAGGAGAGAGGAAAUCUGUCAUUCAACACUUCCAUAACCUGGUUACCUGCAAUCUUGUACGCAAUCUUCUCAAAAUCCUUGUUUUUCAUUGUCAAAAAUUUGUGGUACAUCCUUGCUAGUAUGUGCACUCUAUACAUCACCCUUGUUCAGAAGGUCAACUUGAGCCCAUGAUGUUUUGAAAUUCCACCAAGUGAUGCAUGAAUUAUGAAUAUCUAUGUCAUUACAUCACAGUGGUCUUCACAUCUAUGUGACAGUAGCUCUAAGCAGAAGGAUUGCCAUCUGACAAAUUUGCACUGUUUCUCUCGAAGAAGAUGAUGGAUGUUAUUAUAUUUUAACUAUAGUCUUAUAAUUUAUCACUGCUGGUAUAUUGUGAAUAUUACAAAGGCUCUAAAUGUAAGAAAUCAGGGGAUCCUUCCAUGAGGAGCAACAAAACAGUGAUUGCCAAAGUCCUCCUAGUGGACUUCUGUAUCUCCUGCUUCAAGCAGAAGAAGUUCACAUGAGUGAAACUGUGAUAGAAAAUCUAGACUUUUAAGAUUAUCACCCGAGUGGGGUCAUUUAUGUUUUAUAUGGAAAAAGCUAGAAAUGGGUACUGAUGCUUCAUUUGUUACACUUGGUGAGUUUGGUAAGCUCGGUGAAUAACUAAAGUAAUGUAGAACUUUUUGGAAAAGUGCCAUAUUGGAGA